AUGCAAAAGUUUAUUUUACAAGCUGACACGUAUUUCCUCGUCACUACAUCCUGUAAUGCUGGUUCACUUGGAUUCACGUGCUAUUCAUUGCAUCGAUUAGACUCACGUCUAACAGCGGUUGAACAGAAUUUUUUGCCCACAAAAUCUCUUCAUCAGCUUCUCAGUCGCGUGCUUGUUGAACCAACAUCAGCAGAGCCACAUCCAGUUGGAUCACAAAGGAAAGAAGCUGUCCGUGAUAAAAGAGCUGCUGAUGAGACAUCCCGGUGCCGCAAAUGUAGAAGGGAAUGUCUUAACUUGAGAGGCAAUCAAAGUAAUUUGACAGAAGAACAUAGCCCGCGAAAAAUAAUAUGUGUGGAUGGUCGUAAAGUACCACCAGGUCCACCUGGUCCUCCUGGAUUACCCGGUGCCCAAGGUGCUCGUGGCUCACCAGGAAAGUCUGGUCCUAGAGGGCCGGAAGGACCGCGGGGCCCUCCUGGAAAAAACGGGAAGAGGGGAAGAAAGGGAACAAAGGGCGUAGCUGGUCCGCAAGGAAAGCGGGGCACUAGAGGACCACCAGGAACACGGGGACCACCAGGACCACCGGGAUCAUCAAAAUCACCGGUAAACCCUGGUAAAUCGUCGCAAAACGUCACACAUUUUAGCAGAGGAGGUCUCUUGGAAGUACCACACUUCAUCACAAAUCCUCCGCCUUUUUUGACAAUCAAGGAGAAACAAAAUGUGAGAUUACCUUGCCGAGCGAAAGGGUUUCCCCCGCCAGUAGUUACAUGGAAUAUGAAUGGGCACCCGAUAAAAGGCGUCGGAAGGCAAUUUAAGGAAAGCAACUUGGAAAUAGAAGAAAUUGGGUUCGAGGAACAUGGGACUUACACCUGUACAGCGGAGAAUUUGUUAGGCAGAACUGAGUUAUCAGUCAAUGUCACGGUGGAAGGUAUUAUAGGCACAAUCUUUUUGCUACCCCAUACAAUAUUUCAAUUCAUUAAAAACUGGAUCAUUGGAUAA